ACCAAAAGCAUCUUUCAAUCUUUUCAAAUGCUUGCUUCCUUCAAAUCCUCUAGCUCCUCCUCCGAAGAUGCCACCACCACCACCGAGAAUCCUCCUCCUCCGUUAUGCCUCGCCUCCUCCUCCGCCUCCUCCUCCGCCUCACAUCACCUCCGUCGUCUCCUUUUCACCGCCGCGGAUUUCGUCUCUCAGUCAAACUUCUCCGCCGCUCAGAACUUGCUCUCGAUCCUCUCCGCAAACUCUUCUCCUUACGGCGAUUCCACCGAGCGGCUCGUCCACCUCUUCUCAAAAGCCUUGUCCAUACGGAUCAACCGUCAACAACAAGAUCCAACGGCUGAAAACGUUGCCACGUGGACAACGAACGAAAUGACUAGCUCCACGGUGUUUACAAGUAGUGUAUGCAAAGAACAGUUCUUGUUUCGAACCAAGAACAACAACAACUCCGAAUUCGAGUCUUGUUACUAUCUUUGGCUGAACCAACUAACGCCUUUUAUUCGGUUCGGUCAUUUGACGGCGAACCAAGCGAUCCUCGACGCGACGGAGACAAACGGUGACGGAGCUUUACAUAUACUUGAUUUAGAUAUCUCACAAGGGCUUCAAUGGCCUCCACUGAUGCAAGCCCUAGCUGAGAGAUCAUCAAACCCUAACAGUCCACCUCCAUCUCUCCGCAUAACCGGUUGUGGUCGAGACGUUACCGGGUUAAACCGAACCGGAGACCGUUUAACUCGGUUUGCUAACUCUCUAGGUCUUCAGUUUCAGUUUCACACGCUUGUGAUCGUUGAAGAAGAUCUCGCCGGACUUUUGCUACAGAUCCGAUUGUUAGCUCUCUCCGCCGUACAAGGAGAGACCAUCGCAGUAAACUGCGUUCACUUCCUCCACAGAUUCUCUAACGACGACGGAGAUAUGAUCGGUCACUUUUUGUCGGCGAUCAAGAGCUUAAACCCUAGAAUCGUGACAAUGGCAGAGAGAGAAGCCAACCACGGAGAUCAUUCGUUCUUGAACAGAUUCGCAGAAGCUGUGGAUCAUUACGUGGCGAUCUUUGAUUCGCUGGAAGCCACUUUGCCGCCGAAUAGCCGAGAGAGGCUAACCCUAGAGCAACGGUGGUUCGGAAAAGAGAUUUUGGAUGUUGUGGCGGCGAAAGCGGAGGAGAGAAAGCAAAGACAUCGGAGGUUUGAGAUCUGGGAAGAGAUUAUGAAGAGAUUUGGCUUCGUUAACGUUCCCAUAGGAAGCUUUGCUUUCUCUCAAGCUAAGCUUCUUCUUAGACUCCAUUAUCCUUCAGAAGGUUAUAAUCUUCAGUUUCUUAACAAUUCUUUGUUUCUUGGAUGGCAAAAUCGUCCUCUCUUCUUUGUUUCAUCGUGGAAAUGAUCGGAAGAAGAAAACCUAAGAGUUAGGUUUAAUAGAGAAAAAGAAUAUCGAUCAUUUUUGCUGU